AGAAGAGGGAGUGGUUAGGUCUUAUAGCAGCUGCUUCUUAUCGAUUUGUUUGCAAGAAGUCAAAAAUGAACGCCGAUUCGAAUAAUACAACAUUUCUUUCCAUCGUAGGAGAAGGACAUCCCGGUAAGUUUCUGCCUAUAGGCACUAUUUAAGUCAUUUAAAUUUUGAGCAUUCCUCUCUACAGAACAGAAUGUCAGUGGUUUUCCGUAAAGGGAAGUGUGGAACUUUAAGCUAUAUACAAUAUUCAAGCGUUAUAAUCGAGCUUUUUCGAGUUAGCUCUUAAUGAUAUAAAUUGCACAUAUAAUAUAAUAUCCGCGUUCGCUCGAAAUUUCCAGUUAGUAAAUGUGUUUUGGGCAGAUCUAAUAUGGUUUUCUGUCAAAUCUUUUGGAUAAUAUUUGUGAUCAAAUUUCGGAUGAAUAUGCUGUCUCAGAUGUACAUUUAACUCAAGAUCCGAACGCCAAAGUUGCUAGCAGUAUCAUUAUAGUAUACCCUAGAAUACUAAAACUACUGAGCGGUCUCCCUCACUUGCGAAUUCGGUUUUAGUACUAUGUUGAUCAAUACUUACUGGCUAAGUACUAUUGUUCCCAGUAAACUGCGAAACGACUGUUUUUUUAGGCGCUUUGUCAGUGAUUUAACAUUCAAAACUACGCAUCUGAUUGGACAAUAAAAUUAGAAACCAUUUAACUGUCAGAAAUGUCAAACUGAAACUUGCAGUUUUUCACACGCCGCUUGCAACGAAUUGUGAUCGCGUGGUACACAAAUAUGGGGUAGUUCCUCGGGUAGAGGAGAAGUGAUCACGUGAUCGGCUAGUUGUGUUGUUUGUGGCGUCAGAUAUAACCAAAUCCCUAUCUCUAAGCCUAAUCCUUACCCUAACCCUCACCCUAACCCUAACCCUAACCCUUACCCUAACCCUUACCCUAACCUCAAAACUAAUCGCUAUAACUAACUGAUGACGUAGUCUGUGAUGCAAAUUCUUCUACCCGAGGAUGUACCCCAAAUAGUCCUUCGUAAUUGACAAAAGUGUCACUGACAAAGCGCCUAAAAAACGGUCGUUUCGCAGUUUACUGGGAACAAUAGUACCGAAAUUAGGCAUAGAAAAAUGAGAUAAAGUCGCUGGGAAGUGUGUGCAAUCUACUCGUCCGGAAAAAUUUUUGACCCCUAAAAUUGUACACUGACCGAAAUUUUUUUGGCGACGGGGGGGGCGGGGGUGGGGAGGUUGUUUAAUUUGUUCAUUCACAAAAUAUCCAGGUGUGUGGUGGACAAACAUAUGGUCAAGCUAAUUGGAAGGACUGAGAUCUUAACGAAGCUAAUUUUUGACUGAGAUCUUAACUUAAUAUUUUUUAUAUAAACUUUGGUCUAUCUUUUUUUGUAACCAUGGUAAACAUGCACAUAAUUCAGUUAGGGACAACUCACAGGACAAGUUAACAUGCCAUGCAUGUAACCCGCCGGCUAUUAUAGGAAUGCAAUGGUGCAACUGGCUGAUGCACCUUGAUAAUGUCUUGGUAAAGCAAGGCAGUCUAGACAGAGUCAACGAAGCUAUGAAAAUAAGAGAGUUUGAAUAUUAUAUUUUUGCUCAGAUCUAGAUAUGGGAUGAUUUUUCAAAAAUUAAUGACAUUGAAUUUCUGAAAUGUGGCAAAUAAUGUGUUACAUCUAAAUAAAAUCUCGAAAUUAAUCCUGUAGGAACGAUGUAAUUUUAAGGUAACUUACUCUCAAUUAAAAAUAUUUAAAGUUUCCAAGAGACAGAUUUUUGUGUAAACAAACUUCAAUGUGAUGGGGCAUUUUAUCCAGCUCCACGUGGGCAUACAAAACAGAGGGAUAGGGGGACGGCAAUUCCAAGGAAAAACCAAGUAUCUGCCUCUAUUGCCUCUACCAAUCUCUAAGGAAAAGGCGAGGUUUUCGCUAUAGCUUUUGUUCGUGGCAAAAAUGCCCGAGGUUACCACCGAACUUAACUCUAUUAGUACAAUCAAAAUAGAAAAUAGGUCAGAAAAAAUUUGUAAAAAGCCAAGAAUUAGCGUAUGCACUCUCUUCAGCAACCUUGAUAACAUACUAUAAAAGUCCUCAUGUAUCCUCUUGGAGCUUUCUCCAUUAUGACAAGUUUUUGUUCGAUUUCCCUAGUGAACUCCUAUAUUGUUAAAAAAGUGAAAUUUCAGAUUCAUUUAUAGGAAAAAUAAGUUACAUCAUGCAUUAGAAAACUUACAAAAAACUGCAUAUAAGACAUUUAAAUGGCUACCUUGAUUUUGCAAGUUCUUCUUGAGUUUUUGGAAACGUGUUGUCAGACUAUAGUACCCAGGAUUUUUGCCAGAUUUUGGCCUAUUUUUCACAUUUGGAACAGCAAUAACUCGAAAACCGCUUGAAAAAUUUAGGUGACUGUUUAAAUAUCUUAUAUGUAGUUUUUAUGAGCUUUCUAGUGAUGCGAGUAAUUUUUGUUAUGAGUGAACUUAAAAUUUCACGUUUUUUAACAAUAUGGGAGUAAUAGGAAAAUCGAAAAAAAAAUUGUCAUAAUGGAAAAAGCUCCAAGAGGAUACAUGGGGACUUUUAGUAUAUUGUUCAGGAUAGUUCAAUUAUUGCAUCUAACAAUUUUUAGCUUUUUACUAUUUUUUUCCAACCUUGCCCUUAAAAUGAGCUAAAAUUACUGAACUACAUGGGUUUUGACACAUCUUUCACAUACAUUUAAUUAACUCCAAAUUAACAAAAUUUCAGGGAGGCAAGAUACAAAUGCUUUGAAACGGUUUAGCAUCCAAUUUACUAUUAUACUGAUAAUAAUCGUGCCAUUAAGCAAGUGGGUUUGCGUAAGGAAUUGGGCCCUAGCCCUUUGUGCGCAUGAGUCCGCCAAAUAGUAUAAAUGUUUGUUAAAUGUGUCACAUUUUGAUGCACAAUUCGUCAAUAUUCAUGUGAAGUAGAAAGGGCCAAAAUGUCCGUGAAGUUUGGGAGUAUCUCGGCUAUUCUUAUAUAUAACACUCGUAAUGAUAUGCGACAUAUAUAUAUAGCAAUACCGAUGAGCGUUGGUUAACCAAUGAAAAGACUCGCAUAAAUUUAGACCAAUCACAAACAGAGUUCAAAUAUUGAACUCACCAAAGUGAGGCUGGAUGCCGUGUGACCAGAGCCUCGCUCCUCGUCAUGUCCUCACUUCUAUCACAGGAGGCUCUGGCACCCAGGGUAGCUACGCCACUGCUUGAGAGUAUGAAUAUAUUAAAGCUCGUAAACAACCAGAAGAAGCGGUCUAUAUCCAGGCAUGGUCUGGGGGUGGUAACUCGCCUCAACUCACUGCAGGAUAAUGCGAGUUUACUAGUUUUGGCGAUUUAAACAAAAACUGCAACUUUUAAGUAAUGCAAGUUUGGGCGAUUUAACAAAAAAAUAGAAAUUUUAGAUUAUGCAAGUUUGGAUGUUUCAAGGUAACUCCCAUCAGCUCUAGUGAAGUUAUAGUACAGUUAACACAUGACAAUCAGCCAAACAUGCGUGCAUGUUUCCACACACGUACAGAGGCAUUAAUUGUAUGAAGUAAAAUAUAACUUUUGGAACACACACAUUUGAUACAAAAUUAGGUUGUAUUUGAAAAAUGGAGAAUUUGAGAAGAAAAGUUAAGGAGUUCUGGAAACAAUUGACAUUUAGGCGCGGUCACUACAGUAAUCAGAGCUACAGUAAUAUAAAAUUAGAAACGUAGUUAUAACAACCGGCAACCAGCUCGUACCCAUGCAGGUCAACAACUGAACAAAGCCUUGAAGGCCCGCAAAAUUCGAAAUGAAUAUUUUAUAUUGAUUGGCGAUGAGUCAUCACGCAUAUAAUUAUAAAAUGCGUGAGUCGUGAUCGAAUUUGGCAGGCUUUGCUCAGUUGUUGACGUUUACUACUUUGCUGAUAUUGAAUUAGUGCCCGAGCCCAAAGGUAAAAACAAGCAUUGGUAUCAACCUUUAUGCGUGAGGUCAUGGUCGAGUAUCACGUAAAAUUGCUGUAACGAACGACGCGGGAAACCCAUGCAAAAAACCUUUCCAGAAUGCAGAUUUCAUGCAUCAUAAUUUAUUUGUCGUUCAAAGUUAGAUAUAAAGGAACAACGAAACUGAAAUUUAGUGUCGCGCAAUUGCUACAAUACCAAUCAAAGUUUGCAUUCAACGUUGUGGCCCAAAAAUGUGCUCAUUUAUAUAUACGAUGAAUUAAUAACAAAUCGAGAAGUUAAUAUAGUAAUUAAAUUGUUGUUAUAUACAGCAGUGUGCGAUAAAUCACGGUCAAAACAGUGAAAUCUCUCACAUUGUGAUUGAUAAAUAUUGAUCAUGAAGGUCCACAUACACCGGACGCGAUUCGACAACGCGACGCGAUUUCUUAGUUUUUGAAAGUUAAUAAAACAGCCAAUGAAGGAAAAUUUUAAAAGAUAUGUAGACCAAAUAACUCAAAAUUUUAUAGCAAUUCUAAAUAUUUGGAAAAUUUAAACCAGGAUCAAAGUAAGUGAAAAUCGAAAAAUCGCGUCGCGUUGUCGAAUCGCGUCCGGUGUGUCUCGACCUUGAGGCUACAAAUGCAGUCUGAAAUUAGACGGACGAAUAAAAAAUAUAAACCCGUUUGGUCGCACUUAAUUACUAUACAUUCUUACGAAAAUCACGAAAUUUUUAUUUUACUGUGAAUAGUGGUAAAAUCGAGUUUCAUUGUUCAUACAAAACCAAUACUUUAUUAGAAUUUGGACGUGGCCCCGCCCCCUUGUAUCUUCGAGGCUUCUCCAUUUACUGUUCGGAGUACUCCGGAUUUUCGGAACACUAAUUAAAUCGAACCAAUAAUGGUCACAUGACUGUUGUGACGGUCACAUGACUGUUCUGGCUGCCCCUACUUGAGUAUCACAAUUCUCACAUUAUUUAACUUUGACAAACAAUAAUGCAAUAUUCUACGCUAAAACCAUUAUCACUAUACUACUUUAAAAGUCUCUACAAGAGAUAGCGCUUUCGGUACACGUAAAAGGUCUCGAAAUUGAGAUAGUAUUGUCUCAAUUUCCGUUCAGUGACUUCCGUUGAGGUUGUUGGGCGUUUGCCGAUUCAUGCUCUGUUGACAGUGUUGUGUUGUUCGAUUCUUGAGCUGUUGGAUUGUACGUUGAGCUGUUGGAUUGUACGUUGCGCUGUUGGUUUGUUAGGCUGUUUGUUGGGUUUGUUGGGCUCAUGGCGAACUUGUGGCUUCACAUUGAAGAACAUUUGCAGUAUUUGCUCGCCACGUUUUUUUACAAAGUUCGCGAUCAUAAAUAUCAUCAUACGACAUCACCGUCCCACUUUACAAAUUUGUUUGUAGUAAAAGAAAAUUAAGUUUCGGUAAUGCGAUUGUUUAGCGAAAAUAUCACUUAUUUCUUUUUGUUCGCUUUGGCAGAACAAAUUCACCUGGUGUGAAUUCCCAGUUCAAUACCCCAUUCUUAAUCAAAAAUGAAUAACAGCACUUCCGUUGGGCUGUUGGUCCCAACAAGAAUCCCAACAAAAACAAGCCACCCCUGAAGGAAGUGUAGGGAGAUCUAAUGAAGUGUGUGGUGGUCUAAGGAAGUCUGAAGGAUAUUAGAUGUUUGGUAAUUGGGACAUUCCAUGGGAAUUGUCACUGAUAAUUAUAAAAAUACUGUUCUUUAAUUUUCGAUUUCUAUAGCUACAGCGGAAAAUGCUGAAUCUGAUGAGGUACGUUGCAAAAUUAUUCAUGAUGAAAUUGACAUUGUGCAAAGCCAAUCCAAUCACCCCACCAGAAUUUUUGCAGUAACAAAUCUAAUACUGGAAAUUAAAUCAUUGUUUUUUAGUUACGUUUAUUAUAAACCUCUGCUCGUGGUAUUUAAAAAUUUAAACAACAGCUAAUUGUUAUCGGUUGAUUGUGUAUACCUUUAGAUUUCAUAUCAAAAAGGUCAAGUUAAUGAGCAGGAAGUCAAUGAUUCUAUUGUAGCUUGGAAUACUCAGAAAGUAUCGAAACGACGUGUUCUUGAACACCCAAUGUAAGUUCUCUCACUGUAAGUUCUGUUCUUAUACUGUAGUUAUAGUUUCUGCGUGUGCAUAAUAUAAAGAGAGACUUGAAAAGUAAAACAAUUUAUGCAUUUGAAAUCUUCAGAGUUGCGUUUAAUUUCUUCAUUCUGUAAGCAGUCGCGUAGUCAGGGUUUACAAAUUGGGGAGGGGGCGACAAGUUGAGGGCCAAAGGCGGGAACACUGUAGGGGGGUCGGGGGCAUGCUCCCCCAGAGAAAAUGUUGAAAUUCAGAGCCUCUGAAACGCCAUUUCGUGCAUUUUGGGGGUGAAAUUUUACAAAAUUCAAAAGAUUAUAACAUAAUAAUUCGGUCAAAAUGCCUGCGUCUUCAGUUAUUAGAUUGCGAAUAACAAGCUGGUCAUAAAAUCGGAUCAGUGUUACCCCCCCCCCCCAGUUUCUCAACGGACUUAAACAUAUCUCAAAGGUGCAUGGUUCUGGAGGAGAGUGGGGGGACUCGUCCCUCCCAUGCGCUCUCCCUUACCGCUCAGUUAUAGGCCUGGGUAACUUCCCUAGCUGUACUUCAAACCUCAUGGAAAUUGAGUUUGGUUGCUAAUCUCCUGUGCUUUGAAAGACUUUUUGCGGGCCCUUCGAAUUCAGUUUUCCUCUCACACAAAAACCUAAUCGUGCACUAGGCCUUAGUUGUCGAGAAUAUCAUGAGCCUUUACCUUGUAUGAAUUAUGCAACCACACCCUGUGUAAUCGAUCGGCAUUAUCAUUAUUAUUAUUAUUGAUUCAGUUGAUUGUUGUAUUUUGUAGUUUACCUAAAGAUGGUGAAAAGAACGUCCUCAUUACCUCAGCACUUCCUUACGUGAACAAUGUUCCUCAUUUAGGAAACAUUAUUGGUUGUGUUUUAAGUGCGGAUGUAUUUGCAAGGUAAUGCAUCCUUUAGAAACUUUAAUUUUAUACUGUCCACAACUUUUAAAUGUAAAACAUGAAGGGUUUAUCAAGUCCCAGCGUACUUAUAGUCGGUGAAAACCGAUCAUCGGAUAUCCAAUCGAACAGUCGAUGGUAAUCGAUGUUAAUUACUUAAUUGAUAUCGAUUGACAUUGGCCAAUCGAUGACCAGUGGAUCGUCACAAAAAGUUAUGGCCAAUUUUGUCGAUUAUUAUCGAUAUUCAUCGAUUUUCGUCAAUUUUUAUCGACAAAAUGCUUUCGAUUUUUAUCGCUUUAUAUCCUAAAAAGUCGCCGCGUGUCGGCUUGUUCGAGCUAAAUAGUAGCCUAAAUCUGUUCCCAUUUUUCGAAGGUACACAUGUAUUUGAUAUGUAUAGCCCGAUAAAAACUUAAUUUAAUCUAUUGUUACUGAAUUCCGUUCACAUUUCCGAACUAAAGUUAGGAAAUGAUACUGACAAUUAAUACUUCUCAUCUGAAAAAGGCUAAUUGUCUUAAUGACUAUUUUACAAGUAUUGGUGGUAAAACUGGAAACUCCUGCUCUGAAAACACUCAAAAUUUAAACUUUGACAGGCAUAUGAGUGAUAAUCUAAAUACUUUAAUUUAGAAUUUACUUUGCAUUCAGUUAACGAAUCAAAGAUUUUCAGGCUACUUAACAAUUUAUCUAUUUCUAAAUCUAUUGGAUGUGAUAAAAUACCGGCUAAAAUUCUAAAAUAUUCUGCUUCUGCAAUUACAUCAUCUUUAACCAAUCUGUUCAACUCUUCUAUUGGGAUGGGAAUUUUCAACUACAGGCCAAUAUCAAUUUUGCCGGUUAUUAGCAAAAUAUUUGAAAAGAUAUCUUGUAUGACCAAGAGCUUUUGUAACUUCGUGCUAAAUGUUUUUUUUUAAAUCGAAAAAACCGGCAAGAUUAUAUAAACCACGAUCCAUAUUAACAUACCACUCAUCAGUGCAAUCUAGGAAUGCAGUAGAUGUAGAAUGGAAGCGCCUGAACCCAAACUGCUGACACGCUGUUCAGACAAUAUUAUUAAAUUAUAUUGGUGGUAAAAUAUUCGUAAAACUGCUGUCAAAAUUGAUCAAUUUUUAGCUUGGGACAGUCAUAUUGAUCAUAUUUCGAAACAAAUAUCUUCAGGAAUAAGUGCUAUGAAAAAGAUAUUAAAGGAUUUCACUGAUACCGAUACUUUGAUGUCAGUCUAUUAUGGCCUUGUCCAACCCUAUUUCGACUAUACUGGGGCCGGUUGUUCGAAAGCCGAUUAGCUUAACCUUAGGUUAACGCAGUAAAACGCAAAGUAAACGGCUUCCAAACAGCUUGUUGGAAAAUCUUGAAAUAUUUCUUCAGAAGUCUUGCCGGGAUCAGUAGAAGUUUUCUUCUCUGAAAGUUUUGAAAUAAACAGACGUGCAAAAAUACAUAAACUAAAACAGCAGAUUAAAUUUUAACCGAGGGUUAGCGCUAAUCCAGCUUUGAACAACCGACCCGUGUUGUGAAGUUUGAAAUUCCAUUGGUAGAGGUCAGUCUGAACGACUACAAAAAUCUUCACAACAGAAAUUAAUGUGCUAGAAUUAAAAUGAACUUUAAAGAUGAGCCUGGGCAAUCUCAACUGCAUAUGGCCCUUGAUCAAUUAGGGUGGAAAAGCUUGGAAGAAAGGCGAAAACAUAUUAUGGUCCGGCUCAUGUUUAAGGUUGUCAAUAAUGUGGCACCGUCGAGGUUCUCAUCAAUGUUCCAGAAUUUUAACCACAUCCACAGUCAUAAUUUAUGAGGUUCAAAUUCGUCUCUCUUUCUGGCACGACCAAAUACCGGGUAUGGCAGAGAAUGCAUGUUUCCGAUAUAGUGGGGUUAAAAUCUGGAAUAGCAUUCCUGAACAAGAAAGAAACAGCUAAUCUUUAAAUUCUUUCAAUAGAAAUAUUUCCUCUGUUAGUCUGACGAAUUAGCUAUUGACUAUUGUACCAUUUGUUUUGUAAUAUGUAUUUUGUAUUUUCGUACUUCUUAAUAUUGUUAACGAUUUUGUAUUUUAUAUAUUUUGUAACAUUUUAAUAAAUUAUCGUACGUCCCGCUUGGAAAGCAGCUUCGGUUGAAGUGGCCAGCGUAGUCAAAUAAAAUUUAAUCCUAUCCUAUCCUAUCAUAUCCUAUCCUACAUUUCUUUUGCUGCGACAUUAAAGUACGUAUUAAAUUACGGCGUUACCUGUUUGAUUGCAUGCAUAUUAACACAGGAGUUCAUUAAUGAAAAUCGAUAAAAAAUCGAUAAUCAAUCGAUGAAAGUUCACAGCAAAACAAGCCAUCGAUAAUUCAUCGAUUUCCAAUAUCAAUCGUAAUAAUAAAUAUCGAUUGGUAUUGAUUGUUAUCGAUACUCGUCGAUUGUCGAUUUCAUCGAUUAAGUACGCAGGGAUUAAGUUUAAUACUUGACUAUAAGCAUAUUUGUAAUGAUUUCAAUCUCAGCUAUAUAGAUAUUGAACUUCAAAUCUAAUUUUUAUUCUUCGGUUCUGACUCAGAACACAUCAUUUUCGAUAUGCGGUUGAGAGUAACUGGUUAAAUUAUAUAAUAGAUGGCUGGCCCGCCAUGCAAAUAAAUCAUUCCUUUCAUAAAUAGCACAAUUUUUUGUAAUACUUCAUUUACAUAUUUUUGUAUCCUCUACUCUUGUAGGUUUUGCCGUCUGAGACAAUAUAAUAUUUUGUACAUUUGUGGUACUGAUGAAUAUGGGACUGCAUCAGAAACAAAAGUAAGUUGUUUAAAGAUGUUAGCAAAAAUGUUCUACAGCAGAAUGAAAGAACGCCAAAUAUGGGCUUUCUUGUUUGUUUACUUCAAAUCGAACUCUAGUUUCCUAUUAUAAAAGUGUAUACAGUUUCUCAAUUUCUCACGGAGUCUAGCAGAUUCACGGAGUCUAGCAAACUCACGGAGUCUAGCAGAUUCUAUAGUUUACAUGUGUGAUUGUUACAUUCCGCAAUCAAGUAUUAUCUCCCUAGGCCUAGCUCUUUUCCAUAUAUCCACCACAAGUACAGUCGGAGAAAAGAAUAUUAAUUAUUUUUGCAUACUGGUCUUCUUAUUUUACAUAGGCUACGUACACAAUGUUUUACAUCAGUGCUUGUCCAAUUACCUAUUUUAUACAAAAAGAAGACUGACAUACAAUCAGAAAAUCGCAAUUUUUAAUUUUUGCAUGGACUGAAUUCCUGGCAACUGCAUGGUCCUUAAAAUUGCAUAUAACAUUAACAUCAUGAAUGGUCCUUAAAAUUUAUGUUCAAAUAAGAGAAAGAUCCCUGUAGAAUUGACAAAUCGAAAAAAAGGUAAAAGAAGAAAAUACUUUAAUUAUCACUAUGAAUAGACCUUUCCUCUUUUGAGUGAAAUUUUGAUCUAGACAAGUCUGGACAAAUAUUUCAUCACAGCUUGAAACAGCAUCACAAAAUUAGUAAUAUUCCGAAGUUUCGUUGCGAAAUGUUGUAAAAUGCGGAUAAUAUAGCCUUGCGAAGUUUGCCGUUUUUUAGUCAUUUGGUAUUACAAACGGGAAAUUGAUAAUCCGAUGAUCAAACUGAUCAUCUGCAAAAUGUUAGAUUGUAAUGCAAAAUGACUGAAAAACGGCAAACUUCGCAAGGCUAUAUUAUUCGCAUUUUACAACAUUUCGCAACGAAACUUCGGAAUAUUACUAAUUUUCUGAUGCUCUUUCCAGCUGUGAUGAAAUUGUUGCCCAGACAUAUCUAGAUCAAAAUUACACUCAUAAGGGGAAAUGUCUAUUAACUAACGUCUCAUUUGAUUACCAUGCAUACCUCCUAUUCCCCCUAUAUCAUGCCCCCUAUAUAAUAAAAUUGCGCUUUCAUUGCGUAGGCUCUGGAGGAAGGUGUCACUCCAAGAGAGAUUUGUUCCAAAUAUUUUAAAAUUCACAGUGAAGUUUAUGAAUGGUUUAAUAUUCAGUUUGAUUACUUUGGAAGAACAACCACUGAAGAACAGACAAAGUAAGUCCUCUUUAAUGACAUAUUAUUACUCCGAAUAUGCAUUAUUUUCACACUGUCAAUGGUUUAUAGAAUGUGAAAUGGGGCUUUGGUGUCAUAAGUACAAUUUAAAGCACGCGUAGGAGUGUUUUAUCACAUAUAAAACACGACGCGUAGCGGAGUGUUUUAUAUGUGAUAAAACACGACUAUACAAGUGCUUUAAAUGGCUUCAAAAACGACUCAUCUUAUACGAGUUCAUUGGCGAAGUAAUUUUUGAAAUAAACUUUGUCUAAACCGAGAAAAUCAAAGCUAAAGUUUAUGUAAAUUAACAUGAUUUUUUAUCACAUGUAUAAAACGACGACACGCUUAUGAUUUUUCUUUGUGUUUUCCUCCUGAAUUAUUAAUGAGUUCUUGAAGCCGUGUUUACACUACAAGCCUAAGCCUGGCCUGGGCCUACCUUUGGACUAGAUUUUUGUAGUGUAAACGCACUUCGGUCUGGUAUGGGCCAGGAAAUCUGGGCCCAUCAGAACAGGUGGCCUAGAUUUCCUGGCCUAGGCCAACCCGAAGUGCGUUUACACUACAAAAAUCUAGUUCAAAGCUAGGCCUAGAGCUAGGCCAGGCUUAGGCUCGUAGUGUAAACACGGCAUAGUCAUCUGAACAACCUCUGCUUUCACUGCACUCGUGCACGCGCGUGAUAAGAAUCAGUGCAAAUUAAACGCUCUAACAAAAGUAGUUGGCUUUCUUCAGACCCGUUCAAACCCGAUUCUAACAAUGUUGGGGAGUGUUCGAUAAAAAUGUUAAACCAAGUCAGGCAUGAUCCAACAUUCGGCCAUGCAAAUAUAUAAUAUAACAUUCAAACAUAUCCGACAUUGGUGCAUCAAAUAAUGUAGGAUGAUAUUGAACUAUAGACAGAUGAACGCGACUUUGGAGUUCUCAGGUUUUCCCCAUGCAAUUUUGAAAGCAGACAGUUGGGUAGGAUAUGUAAAUUAGUUAAUAUGUGUUUUUUUUGUCAUAAUAAUAAUAAUCAUAUCUUUCAGAAUAGCGAAAAUCAACUAUAGCAUUUCAAGAAAAAUAUAGUGUCCACAAUCUCAACAAUAGUUCUAGACGAAAACAUGCAUUCUUAUAUUUUUCUUUAGAAUUUCUCAAGAUAUUUUUUGGAAGAAUUACCACAAUGGCCUAACACUGGAAAAGAUAGUAGAACAGCUACACUGCGGAAAUUGCAAUAGGUAAUGCAAUCAAGAUUCGGAAAGUCUAUAAGGUAUAACCUUGGAAUUAGUAAUGUCAGGAUCUCUGAGAAAAAUUAUCCCAUUUGUUUUCUUUUUUUUCAGUAAUGUUAUUAAACUAGUAAGUAGUAUAAAGGAUGUUAUCAUGAUUCUAAGUUUAAAAUCCAAAUUACUAAAAGUUCCUAGCUUAAUUGUUUUGUUGUGGCUGAUAUGCAAUUACCGUCACUAUAAUAUCAUAAUGCAUAAUAAGUUACAGAAAACAAAUUUAACAACAAUUGAAUUGAAUUCAGAAUUCUCCAUUGUAUUCUUAUCAGUUAUAGACCUGAAACGAGGGGUAUUCCACAAAAAAUUACCCUGAGGGAUGAAAUAUUCCGAGGGCGAAGCCCGAGGAAUAUUUCAUCCCGCAUGCAGGGUAAUUUUUUGUGGAAUACCCCGAGUGAAAGAUCUAUAAAUGGUAUAUUAUACCGAACCUUUCAAAAAUAAGUAGAAAACAAAUACCAUUCAAUUAACUUUUAAUUUCAAAACACAACUUUUGAUAACUUUACAUUUAAAAAAGUCGAAUUUCCCGCUCAAGCGUCGUAUUCAAAGUCGAAUACCAUGGCCCCGGGUAAAACACCCAGGGUUCAAAUUGCCUAGGUCAUAGUAUUCGCUGAAAAAUACCAUGGUCAUGUGGUACAAAUUUAGUUCUCUGAUUGGACAAGCUCAUUGUGAGGUAUAAUAUUACCAUGUAUUCUCCAUUGUAUUCUACAAUUCUUUCAGAAUUCUACCAUGUGUAUAUGAUAGUCAACACGGUAUUUAAGACUAUUAUUUCUAUUUUAGAUUUUUAGCUGACCGAUUUGUGGAGGGAACGUGCCCACUUUGUGGUUUUCACG